UCUGUGGCACAUGGGGAAAGGACUGUGACACGAAUAUUGUCUACUGACUUCAUAUAUUCUCUGAGAAGUAAUCCGGAUAUGUCAAAUGUGUCUAAAAGCAGCUGCCAAUCUCGCAGUGUAAUCAUAUUUUCCUUGGAAGUGAAAACAUGGUUGCACCUUGAAGAUCAAAUUACGACCUCCUUCACCACAACUCUCAAGAACUGAAACAGAAGAAUCAGUGUACUCCAGCUAUGUCUGACACGCAAUGUGGACAGUUCGUGGACUGGGACAAGAUGACUGACCUGGAGAAGGAUAGUCCUGUGGUUCCAUCUUACAUAGAUGCCAACUUGCUAAAACAGUACGCCAGACAAGGUUACUGGGCAAAGAGCCACUCUUUAAGAGGCAAAAUCUAUGAACAAAUCAUCAAAGCAGUCUCCUGCAGAACUGUGACUCCUGAUGCUGAGGUGUACAAGGAUAUUGUUGGAAAAAUCACUGGGAAAAGGAAUGUCUCCACGUUACCGCUGCCAGAAUUUGUGGAUGGCAGUGCUGUGCCGAACUAUUGUCUGAACGCAGAAGGAAUUGUUGGAGUUAGGAAGAUUGUGUUGUGUAUUUCCAAUCAGUUUCCAGACAUCUCUUUCUGUCCUGUGUUGCCAGCCAUUGUGGCACUGCUCAUGCACUACAGCACAGACGAGGCAGACUGCUUUGAGAAGGUGUGCCGGCUCUUGGCCUGCAAUGACCGUACAAAACAUUUCAUAGACCAAACCUUCCUGGCCUACGAGUCCUCCUGCAUGACCUUUGGAGACCUAGCCAACAAAUACUGCCAAGGUGCUCACAAACUGAUAGUGGGCGCUUCUGAGGAUGUGCUUGAGGUUUACUCUGAUUGGCUGCGGUGGAUGUUUGGAGACCUGCCAUUUAACUACGCAGCCCGCGUGUUGGACAUUUUCUUUGUCGAAGGAUUUAAAGUACUGUACAGAGUAGCAUUGGCUCUCCUUAAGUUCUUCCGAAAAAUCAGAACCAGACAGUCCGAAAAAUCUGCCAACAUUCGAACUGACAUCCAGAGCUUCAUCCAAGGCAUUGCUGAAUACAUCCCCGUUGAGAAGCUUUUGGACAAAGCGUUUUCCAUCCGCCUGUUCUCCAGGAAGGAGAUUCGCUUGCUCCGAGAUGCCAAUGAAAAAGCACUGAAGCAAAAAGGCAUCACUGUAAAUCAAAAGAGACAAAGACACAAUGUUCAUUUAGCAGUCAAUGUGGAAAACUUCAAAUCUAAUAUUGUCAGCGCAAAGGAGAUGAGAGAGAUUUGGUCCUGGAUCCCAGAACGAUUUGCCCUUUGCCAACCACUGUUGAUUUUCACAACUAUGGACCACGGUUAUAGCCUGAACAGAUUUUAUGCUCGCUGUGAGGGCUACGAACCAACUAUCAUUCUCAUCAAAACGACAGAAGCUGAGGUUUGUGGUGCAUACCUUUCAACGGAUUGGAGAGAACGAAGGCGAGGAGGAAACAAGCUGAGUUAUUUUGGCACAGGAGAAUGUUUUGUGUUUAAGCUCCAGCCUGAAAUGGAACGAUAUGAAUGGACUAUCAUUAAACAUCCAGAGAGGGAAGCUUCUAAAAGUCUUCUCGACACUUGCUCAGAGUCACCUCAGCAGGCUGGUAUCGUGGAUACAGAGUCCCCCCAGGAGCAGAACUUGCUUAAUUCAUCGGAAGAACCCUCAGACAGAUUAUCACCUUUCCUUGCCACACGUCACUUCAACUUGACGUCAAAAGCUACUUCAAUGUUCAUGGCUGGAAGUGCAGAAUCCAUUAUAGUUGGUGGGGGCAGCUGCCCAGCAUUGUACAUCGAUGGGAACCUGAACCAUGGCACGACAGGACACUCCAGCACCUUUGACAAUCUUCCUCUGUGCUCAGAAACUUUCCAGAUUAGUGUACUGGAAGUAUGGAGCUUCCAGGACAUCAUGCCUAAUUGAAGAUAUUGUUCUGUCUCGAGGUGCCUCUUCAAUUACACCAUUCCCUUUUGGUCAGGUUCUGAUGUCUGCCCAGUGAACUGGAUUCCUGCGAAGGUGGGACUCCUUGUUUCUGUUAGUACAGUAUUAUUUUUACCUUUGACCACCAGGGAGUAGGAAAAUUAAAUGACCCUUGGAGAGGAAGCAGCAACCAGAUCUGCUAUUAUUAUAUCAUGUUUAUGUUUUUGACUUAAGUUCUAUUAAUCGUGAACUUAGCUGUAGCAAAUGUUUCAGCCAUUUGGAUCCAACACUGACCCCCUCAGACAGAAUAUAUUGUGCUAUGAAAUAGCUCUGUACUUCAAUUAUCACUGAGAACUAGUCUGUGUUUCUAAUAUCUUUUUAUAAAAAUGCUUGAAUACACUUAUCAUCUUACGAUGGAAAAUUAGGUUCCCUUGUGACUCUACAUACCAUCAGAUUAUAACACCUAGCUUCGGCACUAAUGAUCCCAACGUCUGUUUCAGUGAAGUCUGCAUUGUAGUGAAGACAAAACUUAGUUCGUAUAGUUGGAAUAAUGCUGCUGUUUGGAGGGAGCUGACUGACCGACAAAAGGAGAUUCAUUUAUGUCAGAAGAAGAGUUUGUGUUAAUCUAAUUGGCUUAGCACUGUGUACAGACUGUUGCACAGCUCCCAGAGACUGUUUCAUUUCAAAUAUUUCAGUAUUGCUUUGUGUUGCUCUUUUCAAGCAAAAUGAAAUUGGCAUCUCUGAUAUCUCAUCUUUCUCUUAAAGCCUCUCUUUUUCAUUCAGGCAUAGACUGUCUGAGGAGGCCAGCAGUUUGACAGGUCAUUGCAUGCUUCAAACUGAACUUGUUCUCUCACAUCACCAGUUACGCCCUCAGUCAGUUUGGUCAACUCCCAAAUUCCGGGUGGAUGUAGAGAUUCCAUUUCAAGGAACCAGGUAUCAAUCUGGUUAAUUUUAGCUGUUGGGUUGGCUGGGAUCAGCUAAUUUAUCAGUGGCUAGGGAAGAAAACUGAUAUCUCUGGCCUGUGUGGCUGAGCUACUGACUCAGGGAACCUGGCAUUGUAUAUCUUUAACAUAAUUUUUAAAAAUGCUAAAUGUAGUGGAAUUGCAGAGUGUGCACAAUAAUCAAGGAUUUUUUUUUGCAGUAUUCUAGAAGUAUAUAUUUUUUUAAGUAUCAAAUAUAGUCUUCAGUGUUAAUACUAAACUCUCGGGAGCAGCUGCUUGUUUGUUUACAUGCAGUAGGCGCAGCAUAUCCUUGCAUCCUAUGCCUUCAUAUCUCGGCCAUGAAAGGUCCGUGUUAGUUUGGAAACUUGCUGCACCCAGGCCAGGUGGAACAAAGAGUAAGCUGCACCUUCAAGUGCGUAUGAAUCUUUUAUUGCUCUUGGGAUACUAAAUGUUCUCGGCACACAGAUAUACUUUCAGCUAACUUCUUUAAGGAGACUGAGAGUUUUACUGAUUCUUAAAAGACAUCAGUUCAGGAUGAAGUUUACAUUUAUAAAUUGUUUUUUCUCUUUGCAGUUUAAGAAUUCCAUUACCCUCCCCCAGCCCUGCGAGUUCUAGAAAAUGAAUCGAGAUGUCACCCUAUAACACAUUAGCAGUUAGAAACCACUGGCCAUGAAUUUACUAUUUAAAGACAUUGUGCUUGUGGGAAAUUAUCUUGUCCACUAAGAGUCAGUCUGUUUACAAUAAACUGACUCCAGUAAAACAUUAGUUAGAGGAAUGUUCUCCAUACAUAUUCACAGGUGUGAACUAAUAUUGAUAGUGUGAUUUCAGGGCCAUGUGUUUCUGUCUCUUAUUGGCAAGUGAUUUGCUUCGCGGGGCUCGUCGUCAGAUUACAGGCCAUGUAAAACUGAUCUAUGGACCUUCCUGGUCACUCGGAGCUCUCUGGACAAAAUAUUGGAUAUCCAGCUCCAGUGAGCAUCUUCAAACUUGCCCCUUCAGAACCGUACGCAUAGAAAUAGUCAAGAUUGAACAAAAAUAGUGAUGCAAUAACUAAACCUGUACUGACUGGAUACAGUCAAAUGGCUGAAAAUGUCAAAAAGCAAUGAAAGUGAUAAAUGAUUGAGACUUCAUUAUGGACUGACUCACACUUCAAUAUGUGAAGUAACUUAAGUCUGAUUCAGUGGAGAGAACAGCGGCUUGCUGUGGUCACUGGGCAGGGAAUAUACAGACCUCAACACAACCAUUGGUUUGUUGAGGCUUUGGGCCAGCACUGCAAAAACUGUGGUUUCUAUUCACAGUGCUAAGCCAGUGAUCUCCAGACUAAUGUCCUCCCAUCACCUGUUUUUUUUUUGGGUUAUCUGAAGUUAAUGGAGUAUUGGGUUCAUAUUUCAGAGCUUAAAUUUUACCUUGAAGCUUGCAAAUGAAUUGGUGGUGUUUUUGUUUUGCUCAGGGUUUUACAUUGAACAGUGAAAUAAUUGCAAAGUCUCAAGUUGCGCUCCUGAAUCUUCAGAGCUCUAGCAUAGUGCAAUUGAUGCCUACCUUAGGAAAGGGUUUAUUUUGUUUUGUGUAAGUGCAAUAUUUUUAAGGUCAGUGAACCAUAUCUUUAGAAACUUGAUGUAAGGAAGCUGAAACCAUGUGUUAGUGUGGGGUGUUUGCUAAGUAUUUGUGUCCAAGCCAUUCGGCUGCCAGAAGAAUGCCGGAAUUGGGAGCACAGCAUGUGUCUGGGGAAAAUGGGGACAACAGUUGGUUCACUUUUGCUAUCAAGCCAUUGUAAAUAUCUAUGUGUUACUGUGAUGUGCAAUGCAACUUUGUGUUUGUGGGUCAUUUUGAUUUAGCACUAUUGUGAAAGUGGUCUCUAAGGUUGAAGAAAGUGCAUUGUAUUAUGCACAUGCUGCAUGUAAUGCUAGAUUCAUAUUGUAUUAAUUAUGUGAAACUGUGUAAUUUGUGAAAAGCCAGUGACCAAAAGUUUAGUUUUGUAUUGAGGUGCUGAAACUUUUAGCAGUCAGCAGUGCUGUCAUGUUAUCGAAGGACUAUUGACUCAUGCCACAUGGAACAUGCGCUAUUGAUGCUAUGGAAUAUUAACAUACAGCUGUGGCACUCACCUUUCCCUGGGGCUCCUGGUCUGCAGUGUUCUAAGCUCCGUCCGCACUGUAACAGCGUCAAGCUGGUUCAGCUGUUGGCAGAAUAUGGCAGUAACAUCACAGCGUCAACUGUUGAUGGAUGCACCAUGCUGAAGCUUACUAUAUGCCAAUGCAAGGAACCCAGGUGUGGAACAGUGGGUAGGGGCGUCUUCAUUAAUGGAGCCCCUUUAUACAGCAGGUGCAAUAGCACAUGCUGGUCACUUCUGGGUGGCCCACACUCCAAGUGCAAGUAAAACUGGCUUGAUCAGCGAUGGCAUCACCUGCUGUCCCAGCCAACUACAGAAACCAAAAGGCCUAGCUAGAAAUGGAUUAUAUAUGUGUUUAUUUUGAAAGAAUGUGAUUAACCAUGUCUUUCUUCUACAUGUACUCAUUGUAUCACUUUAAGAUGAAAUCUGUGAAUACCCCAUAUAUAUUUCAAACCAGCUCUGUGUUUUUGUUUCUUGUAAUUUGUUUGUUGACUUAUGUUCUGAUUCAUAAGUGUAAGAGCUAUGUACAGUGAUAGAGUAAAGUUACUUCCUGGUGCAUUGUGGUAUGCAAAACACUAUAAUGUCACAGCUGGGCUUUAUUCAGAUGUCAUUGCAGCUGUGCUGGAAGCAAUCUUGUGGUAAGGUGACCUGCAGCAACCUUCAAAAUGUCAUUGAGAAGCUGAUUUACAAGCUGAAAUGAAAUGCAUAUCCGGUGUCCUGUUUACAUUAUGUCAUUAUGUGGGUGGAUGGAGUGCCUCUUCAGUUUAUCAGAUUUUGAGAAUCUUGACUGCGUGCACUCACUUAGCAGUGGCCAGCAAGCACUGGGAGACGCCAUGUUUCCAGGUGACAGUGUGAGCAGGUGGGCAUUGAAGAGUUUGCCAGAGCUUAGUGAAGGCAGCUUGGGUCACAGCACUGCCAGGUCAAGACAGUUUCAAACUGAUCUUCAGGAAAUUUGUCAAACAUCUGAUUUAUGCAUUGUCAACACCACUAGCUGUGUAUCACUACCAGUAGCUGUGUAUCACUACCAGUAGCUGUGUAUCACCACCACUAGCUGUGUAUCACUACCAGUAGCUGUGCUCUGCUGAGGAAACCCAUCAAUGUACCUGACCAGUUAUUGUCCUUAGUAAAAAUGGCUUGUGUGUAGAAUAGGUUACAUAAUUAAAAGAGCAAACCUGUUGUACAACAUUGUUGAAGUUGACUGCAAUAAAGUGCGCACAAUUUUAAAUGUGGCUACAACACAAA